AAAGCUCGGCGGACGCGGGAGAUACUGGGGUCUGCCUGUGGAAGCACUGGUGGGUCGGCCCAUCGCAAGCUGUUGCUCCUUUUCCUUUCCCAGUCACACUGAAGCCCCGGUUCCCUUCAGAGUGGGUCUCAGCCUUGUCCUCACUCAUCCUCUCAGACAGUGCAGCAGUGGCUGCUGAAAGGCCCUUAACACCAAACCUCAAGCCACAGCUAGCUCUCUACAGGGCCGCCAGUCCUAGGAGCAGUCACACCUCUUAGGAGCCAAGCUCUGCCUGUUGCUACGUCGUUGCAUAACUGUCCACCUACAACCCAGGCCCUGGCCUGGCUGAGUCCUGCCAAGGUUUCAGUCCAGGCAGUCCCUCUCAUCAGCUACCUGACUGCACUCCUGGGCUGCUGUGUUCGGACAUCAGUCUGAUUGAUUGCCUAUGUGCCAUUUCUCUUCAUAUUGGACAUAAAACACAAGGUCCAGGUGUCUGCAUUGAGCUAUGUCUGCUGGAUGUCGAUGCUUGCAUUUGAUAAUUGAAUGGGUGCUGAUGCAUAGCAUUGGUGUGGUGAGCACCUCCUGGAGCCCUGUUCAUUGACGUAGCUUCUCUUGGAAUGGGGAUCUUAUGGCUGUCCUUCUGUGCCUGGCAAAUGCCUCCUUCCUUGUUGGGAGUCUCUUACCCUUAGUGGGAACCCUGGACUCCUGAGAAUUAGGUUGGGCUCCUGUCCUGCCUAGGGGUCAGGCACUUUGCCACCUCUGCCCAGAUGCUUCCUGUCACCAUUUCAGAGAGUUGACACUGUUUUCUUUGUGUUAAGACGACUUCAUUCUCUUUGCAGUUCUCGAACUUGUUGGGUACAGUUUAUCGGUGUGGAAACUUAAAUUUCACAUGCGAUGGAAAUUCUGUUAUCAGCCCUGUGGGAAAUAGAGUCACUGUGUUUGACCUUAAAAAGGGGCGACGCUCUGCUAGUCAGCCUGGUCUGCAGGUCGGUGCUACACCACUUCCACUUCAAAGGCUCCGUGCACAGCAUCUCCUUCUCCCCUGAUGGCAGAAAAUUUGUUGUUACUAAGGGCAACAUUGCUCAGAUGUACCAUGCCCCCGGAAAGAAGCGAGAAUUCAAUGCAUUUGUUCUGGACAAAACCUAUUUUGGGCCCUAUGAUGAGACUACGUGCAUCGACUGGACAGAUGACUCCAAGUGCUUUGUGGUUGGAAGCAAAGACAUGUCCACCUGGGUGUUUGGAGCUGAACGCUGGGACAACCUCAUCUACUAUGCCCUGGGUGGACACAAGGAUGCCAUUGUGGCCUGCUUCUUUGAAUCCAACAGUCUAGAUCUGUACUCACUCAGCCAAGAUGGAGCCCUGUGUGUGUGGCAGUGUGACACACCCCCUGAGGGCCUGAAGCUGAAAGCCCCUAGGGGCUGGAAGGCAGACCUACUUCAGAGGGAGAAGGAAGAAGAAGAGGAGGAGGAAGAUGAAGAGGAGGGGGAUCGGGAAACCACCAUCCGAGGGAAGGCCAUGCCAGCCGAGCAGGAGAAGGCUGGGAAAGUGAAGUACUCACGGCUGGCCAAGUACUUCUUGAAUAAAGAAGGAGAUUUUAACAACCUGACAGCCGCCGCGUACCAUAAGAAGAUUCAUCUCUUGGUCACAGGUUUUGCCUCUGGAGUCUUCCAUCUGCAUGAGCUCCCAGAGUUCAACCUCAUCCACUCCCUGAGUAUCUCCGAUCAGAGGGUUGCUUCGGUUGCCAUCAACAGCUCUGGGGACUGGAUCGCCUUUGGCUGCUCAGGCCUGGGCCAGCUGCUGGUGUGGGAAUGGCAGAGUGAAUCCUAUGUGCUCAAGCAGCAGGGCCACUUCAACAGCAUGGUAUCCCUGGCCUACUCCCCUGAUGGGCAGUAUAUCGUCACUGGUGGGGACGAUGGCAAGGUUAAGGUAUGGAACACCCUCAGUGGCUUCUGCUUUGUUACUUUUACGGAGCACUCCAGCGGGGUCACUGGUGUGACCUUCACCGCCACGGGCUAUGUCAUUGUCACCUCCUCCUCGGAUGGAACCGUGAGAGCCUUUGACCUUCACAGGUACCGGAAUUUCCGCACCUUCACGUCCCCACGCCCCACACAGUUCUCCUGUGUGGCUGUUGAUUCAAGUGGAGAAAUCGUCUCUGCAGGGGCGCAGGAUUCCUUCGAGAUCUUUGUGUGGUCCAUGCAGACAGGCAGGCUUCUUGAUGUUCUGUCUGGCCAUGAGGGGCCCAUCAGUGGUCUCUGCUUUAACCCAAUGAAGUCCAUCCUGGCCAGUGCCUCUUGGGACAAGACUGUGCGCCUGUGGGACAUGUUUGACAGUUGGAGAACCAAAGAGACCUUGACUUUGACCUCUGAUGCCCUGGCUGUGACUUUUCGGCCUGAUGGUGCAGAGCUGGCUGUGGCCACACUGAACUCACAGAUCACCUUCUGGGACCCUGAGAAUGCUGUACAGAUGGGCUCCAUCGAGGGCAGGCAUGACCUCAAGACAGGCAGGAAGGAGCUGGACAAGAUCACAGCCAAACAUUCAGCCAAGGGCAAGGCUUUCACCACCCUGUGUUACUCUGCGGAUGGGCAGAACAUUCUGGCGGGAGGCAUGUCCAAGUUUGUGUGCCUCUAUCACGUGCGGGAGCAGAUCCUGGUGAAGAGGUUUGAGCUUUCCUGCAACCUCUCUCUGGACGCCAUGGAGGAGUUUCUGAACCGAAGAAAGAUGACAGAGUUUGGCAAUUUGGCCCUCAUUGAUCAAGAUGCUGGGGAGGAGAACGGCGUGGCAGUUCCAUUGCCAGGUGUAAGGAAAGGUGAUAUGAGUUCUAGACACUUCAAACCUGAAAUCAGGGUAACUUCUCUGCGCUUCUCUCCCACUGGGCGCUGCUGGGCAGCCACCAGCACAGAAGGGCUCCUCAUCUUCUCUCUGGAUGCCCAGAUGCUCUUCGACCCAUUUGAGCUGGACAUCAGUGUGACGCCUGGGCGGAUCCGUGAGGCACUACGGCAGAGGGAGUUUACCCGGGCCAUCCUCAUGGCCUUCCGGCUCAAUGAGAGGAAACUGGCACAGGAGGUCCUGGAGGCUGUGCCCCAGGACGAAAUUGACGUUGUCAGCGCUUCCCUUCCUGAGCUGUAUGUAGAGAAAGUGCUUGAGUUCUUAGCUGCCUCCUUUGAAGUAUCUAGGCACCUUGAGUUCUACCUUAUAUGGACCCAGAAGUUACUUAUGUCACAUGGACAGCGACUGAAGUCCAGGGCGGGACAGUUGCUGCCUGUAGUCCAGUUCCUUCAGAAGGGCCUCCAGCGACAUCUGGAUGACGUUUCCAAGCUCUGUAACUGGAACCGCUACAACAUCCAGUACGCUCUGGCAGUUUCCAAGCAGCGGGGCGUAAAACGUACCCUGGAACCCUUAGACACAGAAGAGGACGCAGACACGUCUGAUGAUGACAAUCUGCACCUACUCAGGAGAGCUGCAGAUGAAGAGGAAGAAGAGGGGAUGCUGGUGUAGAACCACCACCUCACAGCCUGAGUGAUGGGAGAUGGAGAUGGGACCACUGUGCCGAGCCCAGGAAGUGAGAGAUGCCAGAGGCCUCAAGAGCCUGCAGCCGGGACUUCCUAUGAGACUGCACAUGCUGCCCUGAGGCAGCAAGCCAGCCUUUGAGGUCCAGGACCAGGAUGGAUACAGUGGGCACAUGUAUGCUGUAGGCCCAGAAUGCUUUUUUAGAAGUGUGGACUUGCAAACUUCCUGUCAGAAUUAUUUAUAUUUUUAAUAUGAACUUCUGAGAAUGAAUUUUUUUUUUCCAACUUAGGGUUGAAAAACUUUUUUUUUAAAUGUGAGGACUUCACUUCUCAACUUGGAGUUUCUGACGAUUAUAAUGUGUCCUGGGUGAGACAUUGUCUUUAAGUAAGCAGGGUAGAUCAGAGUGGCUCUCUGCUCAGGCCUGUGGCCCAGGAUAUCUAUAUGUAGACAGAGUGAGGCAGAAAGUGUGCUGGGCUGACCCAGAAGGGUGUAUGUGACAACCCAAGGCUGGCCAGGGAAGCUUGUACAGAUCUGUGCCAGUGUGUACAGGUUAUGUUUGAGAGGAGUUGGUCCCUUCAUGCCAGAGUGGUGCCUUACUGAUACUUCCUGCUCAUGUGGUUGACCAAGUUCUGCAUGUCAACUCACCAGUGAAGUGACCCACAAGUCCCAACUCUCAUGCCGGAAUACUAGACCAUUGGCCUCUAUGUCCAGGCUACAAGAAUUGAUCUGUGUGACGCCUGGCGCACUUAGAGCCAUUGCUGUUACACUCAGGCUGAGCCAUGCCAUGACACUGUCCUGGUCACCUGGGAUCCAUUCAGGCUUGAACAGUGGGUGUGGAGAGAAAGCAGAGCUCAGCCUGGUGUCACCAGGUUUCCUGUUCUUGCAGUGUUUCUGUGUGUAGCUUGGGAUAGUGGGGGAGGCACUUCUGCCUGCCCAGGGGCAGGGUCCUGGCCGCCCUGGCUUGUUUUAGUGCCCUCCUGUGAUUUCCAUCUGCAGUAGUGAAUACAAUUUUAUGAAGCCUUA